UUCCUCACCCCCAUCUCUGUGUUCCAAUUUUACAGACACUUUUCGACCCGCGCCCCGCGAUAUAACUCAUCUUCGAACGAAAACGUUAUUAAACGAACUAUCGGAAAAUGAAUUUUAGCCAAAUAAUCAUUUGAAGGGUGAUGUAGCUGAGUGUUGAGGAUGCUUGGUAUUCACACAAAGACUCCUCUUUACUCUCUGCGGCAUACGUUUUUUAAAGGUCUAGGACGGUAAACCAAAAAAGAAAUGUUAAGCUAGUGUGGCGCCGUCCGCGAUUGCUGCAGCAUCAUUUCCUAGUGCUCUCUUUAAAGUGGACUCUACACUGGAGCAAUCUUUCGCGCUUCUUUUCAACUGAUAUUUAUAGGCAUGAGCGCAAUACAACAUGUGCCAACUGGAAAUAAUAAUACACCUGUCUUAUUCAGAUUUGUUUCGUUGUUGGAAUUCUUAGUGUUUAAACUUUGAAUCAUUGGUAAUGAAGAAUCAACCCACCAUGGAGUGUAAUUUAGCAGAUAAAAACGGAUUAAAUUCUUCUGUUGGAAUUCCGACCGAAAAGCAGAAUGGAGAUGACACAGAAGAUGAUGAGGAUGACGAUCGCAAUGAUUCCACUGCCGUUACUACUUCAGUUGCUGACCUUUGCUCAGCGUCUCACGAGUUUGAAUGGCUGAGUCCAACUUCGCAAGGAAUGUCUGCUUAUUCUCACCAUGAGAAACAAAACGAUUCUAAUAUGUAUACAGAAUUAAGUACGGAACAUCAGCAAGUAUUAUCUGCUGAUGAGUCUGGAAUACCGUCUUGCCAAGCUUCACCUGCCCGAUCAUCUCAUCAUCGUCACAAUAAACCACCAACACCUAUUUGGCCGCGAAGAUCAGCUGAUAUGGCUGAUCAUAUUAGAAUGACACCUAGUCCAUAUAAUGAGCUUCAUGGAUGUCGCCGCCAUUUGUCGCCAAUGCGUUCAUCUUGGUGUUGUCCAUCUCCUCCACCACAUACAGUGUGUGUUCAUCAUGGGGGAGUAUUACCAAGCAUGGAAUUGGUUCCUUACAAUCAUGAUUGUUGCGGUGGAGAUAUGAGCUUUGUACCUUAUCAAACUUGCUCUUGCCUACCACCUACAGGUUUACCACACUCACCUCGUUACCAAGAAUCUCAAACUUGGUGCCAUAGUACUUCACCUCAUCAUGAAAUACGUAGAAGGGAGUCUUCCUCACCCUGUGCAAUGCACAGGUCUUGUCAAGGCUUUGGUGGAUCUCGAAGGUCUCGCUCUUCUAGUUCUCGUAAAAGAGAUUGUUCUCCAGCUUUAUCACCUCGUUAUUCACCUGUGCAAAGUGAACAGGUUGCACAUAAUCGUCAGUCUAACUCUGAUCAAUGGCAAGUUCCUCUGCAAUCAGAAGAUGUAAAUAAUUUACACAAGGUUCAAGAACUCGAAAGUGACAAAAAAAAUUUAAUAUUACAGGCUAGUGUUUUAGCAGACCAAGUUGAAGCCCAAGCUGAUAAAAUAAGCGAGCUUGAAAGAGCUCUGAGUCAAAAAAAGGAUGAUUUAAAUCAACUGGAGCAUAAUUUGCACCAAGAAGUCUUAGCUCGAUCUGCUGUUGAAAAUAGCAAACUUGAACUAAUUACUGAACUUUCUAAUCUGAGAUUAAGGCUUACUGCUGCUGAAAGAGACCGUAAAGAGAGUGAUGAAAAAUGCAGAAAAUUAGAAAGUGAAAUUUAUGCUACUAAGGCACGUCUUAUUGAAUUAGAGACUGAGUAUGCUCUUUUAAAAGGAAGAAUACCAAAAAAUGGACCCACUAUCUCUAUUGAUGACAUUAGUGAUAACAAGAAAUACAAGACUGUUCUUGAUUCCAUAAAUGUAUCAAAUGAAGAAAAGGACCAAAAAUUAGAUGACUUGCGCUCAUCAUUGACAAAAUACAAAAAAUUGCAAGAUAUUGUGCUUUCUGGUCAUACUAGAAAAGUUGCUGAUAUUUCAUCACAUGAAACCCAUGGACUUUAUCCUGAUUCCAUAUUAUGCUCACUUAGUAAUGACAGCUAUAAAAAACAUUUGAAUGAUAUCAAUAACUUAAAUGCUGGAAAAUACUCUACAUUGCCUUCAACUUCUUCUAUUCCAAAGCAUAUUAAUCAAUCAGGUCAAUCCCAGACUUUAAAUUCAGCAAAUGUGUCAUGCCUCUCUCCCAUCUCAUCUUCAUUUCACAAGUCUAAUAGUUUAGAGAACAUUAGUUCUACAACGAAUUUUCCAUAUGUUAAUCAAUAUGAUACUUUACCUCGUCAAACAAGUCCUAAUGUCUUGCAAGAUAUUCAAUCUCAUUUACAUGAAGUUGACUUACCACCAUUGACCUACCAAAUAAAUCCACUGAAUAAAUCAUCUGAAAGAGAAAAAGAUGAUUCAACAGUUUCGUCAGUGCAUGAAACAAGCUCAAAAUCUUCCAACAGAGGCCGAAAAUCUGGUAGUGGCACCUCGAAGAGCUCUGGGGUAUCGUUCGGUAAAGGCUUUUUUAAAUUAAAAUCUGGAAAGCGAAGUUCAAGUGAACCUUAUCUAGCAUCUGAAGAAUGUGUUACUAUUCCUUCAACAGAAAAAGAAAAUGGCGAUUACAUUGCUCCUCUUACACCUCAGCCUUGCAUUAUAAAAUCAGAUAAGGAUAAGAACAAGGGACUCUUCAAACUAUUUUCAAAGUGGAAAAAAAGCGGAUCUCAAAAUAUUGAUAGGUUAGAAGGAGACUUCAAACGAGGUGGUAUCCGAGCUACUGCAGGCCCACGAUUAGGUUGGACAAGAGAGGUGGCACAAGAACCAGAGAUACCUUUUAACCGUUGGAAUACAGAUAUGAUAGUUGAUUGGCUUAACAGAUUAGGUCUUACUAUGUAUAUUAGUGAAUGUCGACGAUGGAUGUGUAAUGGGGAUAUGCUCUCUAAAGCUUCUGGCAAUGAUCUUGAAAAAGAACUCAGCAUAAAAAAUCCUUUACACAGGAAAAAACUUUUGUUAGCAAUUAAAAGCAUGUCAUCUGCUUCUAGUAAUUCACCUGCCACUAUAAAUAACUUAGAUUUUCAGUGGGUAGUGCGUUGGCUAGAUGAUGUUGGUCUUCCUCAAUACAAAGAUUCAUUUGCAGAUGCAAGAGUUGAUGGAAGAGUGUUACAUUGUCUUACAGUAGAUGACUUAUUAUUCUUAAAAGUCACUAGCCAACUACACCAUGUCAGCAUUAAAAGAGGCAUUCAACUGUUACGUGAAAAAGGGUUUGAUCCUCAUUGUCUUAUUAGACGUUCUCUACCAGAUGAAACCAGCAAAUCUUACACACCUGAACUUGUAGCUUUAUGGAGUAACCACAGAGUCAUGGAAUGGUUGAGAACUGUGGAUCUAUCAGAGUAUGCUCCUAACUUACGUGGUAGUGGAGUUCAUGGUGCACUUAUAGUAUAUGAACUAAAAUUUAAUACAAACUUAUUUGCCACACUUCUUAACAUUCCACCCACAAAAACUCUUUUACGAAGACAUCUUGCUACACAUUUUAAGCAUAUAGUAGGAGAUGAAUUAAUGCAAUUGAAACGGGAGAAAGAAACAGAAACUCCUCUUUCUCCUAGUGUUAAAAUUAAGAGCAUUCGUAAGCCACAGUUUGCAUUAAAGAAAAAACGCAACAAAUCUGAUUUUGAAAAUGAAGAGUAUGUAUGUCCUAUGGAUGUCCCAGUCAGCACUGAUGCACCAGUCAUUAAAUCUGAUGGGGAUAAAUUAGUUGUCCGACGUAAUAGUGAUCCUUCUCCACAAGAACAAAGGCACAUUGAAAUACAAGAGGAAAGUGAAAGAAUAGAUGCAGUCUCUAAAGAUAUAUCUUCCCUUACAGUUAUUCUUCAAGAUGAAAAUUUGAAUGAAGCUCCUUCAACAAUAGUUUAAAUUCCAUUUGUGCCUUCAUGAUAGUCAUAAAAAUUUGUUGAAGUGUGCCUUGUGAAUGUGUCGGAAAGUAUUAUAUGGAUUUUAGUAUCGAAGUAUUUCAGGUUUUGUCUAUAUUUGUAGUAAAUUGGAAUUAAAUGUAUUUUUAAUAAGAAAUUUUCAUAUAAAGUGCAAUUAUUUUGAUAGUCAAUGUGCGCCAAAUUUUUUUUUAAAAAAUUUAGGCUAAAAUAUAUUAAUAUUUUUUAAAGUAGUAUAUUUUAUAUUAAAUAUUAUUGCACAUUUUUGCUUUAAAACAUGUUUUUAAUUCUAAAUGAAGGAAUGUUAACAUGUGGUUUGUAUUGGUGAUAUUGAACUUGUAUAUUUUUUUAAAGAAAAAAUUGCCAAUACUUGCCCUAAUUACUUUAUAUAACUUUUACUUGCAUACAUACUAAAAUGAAUUCAUUAGUCUAAUAAUUUUUGAGAAAAAUUUAUAUUAAUCCUCUACUUUUUUACUGAACUUAAUCUUUUACUGGUAUCUAAAUGAAUUUAAAUGAAUGGAUAAUUGUUUUUACUUCUAAACAAUUUACAGUAUGGUUUCAUAUCUUUAUAUAUGUGUGACUGAUAGCUAUUGUAUUUGAUUAUGUUAUAUAAUCCAGGGCACUUAAAUGAAUUUAGCAUAUAUUUGUGUUCAUUAUCUGUGGUUUUGUUUAGGAUUGUGUAUUUAUUGUGUAACAAUUUCUUAUAUCGAUUUUAUAUACUAAAACUAUGUCUACUUAGUUUUAACAAGUGUAAUAAACAUAUCAGUACAUUUUUUUAUUUUUAUGACAAAAAUGUAUUUGUAAAAUUGUUAGUUUUAAUAUGUGUAUUUAUCUGUCAAUUAUUUGACUCUUAUGAGAAUAUAACAAAUCUAGUAUUUUAUUAAUCAAUAAAAUUUUUUGCAUUUUUA